UCCCGCCGAAGACGCGCCUGGCAUUCACGUCAGCGCGUCCUUAGCGAGUAAAAGCGGCCUUUCUUUUCUUUUCGCAACUUUCGGUGGCACGGCUAGCGACCACCCGACGCUCCCGUGGGCUCCCGACGCAGAGGACGCUCGAAGAUUAGGCGCGUGGUGGACCCCCCCCGUCUCCGUUGGAAGAAGCUGCCGUCAUGAGUCGCUUACCACUCCUCGGUGUCCUGCUGGGCGCUGCGAUGUUCGGCACUACUCUCGGCAGCCCACUGAAAGAGACCGCGGAAUGCGCCGUCUCCAUUCUGGAUGGAUGCGGCAGGGCUUUCAUACCGUUCGCCAACACCACCAGGAUGGCCGAGACGCAGCAGGAGCUGAAGGAACAGUGCACGUUACACUUCAAGCAGCUGCGGUGUGCCCGGAACUUCACGACAAACUGCGCCACGGGUUUGCCUAGAGUGGCCGCCGUGCUAGCGUUGGACGCUGCGGACGAAAACAUCGAGGCCGUCUGCACGCCACGCACUGAACUGCACAUGAUGUACAACAGCGCCGUCCGGUGCCUGAACAAAGUGGGCGUCCAGAUGAACGCUUGCAUGCGCGAUUUGGUCAUCAACCUGAACACGGCCGUCGCAAGAGCACCGAUUGAAAGCCAGGUGGCCUAUGGUUGCUGUUACUACUACGACCUACUGGGGUGCUACAACGACGCGCUGACCGGGUGCAGCGGCACGGCGGCGCACCGGCUUGUGGCCACCCUGGCCGAGAACGUGUUCGGCCAGACGCUGGGCCUCGUCUGCGGCGUCUACACGAAGGGGUCGCCGGCGUGCCGGGCGCUCGAGCCGCUGAAGAAGCUCGACGUGUCCGAACUGGACACGGAGAACUUCAUCGUGCCACUGGUCACCAUCGCCGGCACGCUGAGGCACUCCAAGGUGGUGCGCAGGCACCUGUGACUCGGCGGAAGCGAUGAAGAACUCGACGCUCCGCCUGUACGCCUUGCAAGCUGCAACGUUUCGGGACUCGGAGAGAGAUGCGAACCGAUGAAUAAAGGGCACCGACGGUCACUGCAAGAUGCGCGUGAGAACUGUAGCUCCUGCCGGCCACGUUGAAGCAAGAGCGAAAAUUAGCCGUCAGCGAACGAAAGGUUCGAAAAAAAAAAUAAAUAAAUAAAAUUCCCUAACUUUUCGAGGCUAAGAAGGCUACGCUGUUGUGAAAGUAUCGGGACGUCCGUAUGUAUGGAAGUGGUGUCAAGCAGCAGGCGUGUGUUUAUAUUGACCGUUUUCG